AUGCCUUCCUAUGUUAAGUUCUUGAAAGAGAUCCUAUCCAAUAAAAGGAAGUUGGAAGAAUACGAGACUGUGGCCCUUACUGAGGAGUGUAGUGCUAUCAUCCAGAAUAAGCUGCCUCCUAAGCUUAAGGAUCCAGGUUCAUUUUCUAUUCCUUGUGUUAUUGGUAAUGUCUCUAUUAACCGUGCUUUGUGUGAUUUAGGUGCAAGCGUCGGUAAGUUCUUCAUCCCGGUUGAUUUUGUUAUUUUGGAAAUUGAAGAAGAUUCUAACAUUCCAAUUAUAUUAGGAAGACCCUUCUUUGCUAUUGCAGGUGCUAUAAUUGAUGUUAAAAAUGGAAGGCUCUCUCUAAAUAUUGGAGGGGAGACGGUAGAAUUUAAUUUAAGCAAUGCUAUGAAACUUCCUCUAACUGAUAAAAUUUGUUACAGGGUCGACGUCAUUGACAAGUGUACACAUGAGCAAAUUACAAACAAUAACUCAGCUGAUCCACUUGAGAAAUAUUUGGUAAGUGAUGGUUCAAUAAAUGAUGAAGACCCUGAGGUAGCCGCGUAUGCUCAAUCUUUAGAAUCAACAUCAACUGCUCCACUUCGAAAUGCAAAGCUUGAAAGAUUGAUGCUAGAGCCAAAAGGAUCUAUUUGUGAAAAGGAUAAUGCGCCAAAGGUAGAAUUAAAACCCCUUCCUUCCUCUUUAAGGUAUGAAUUUCUUGGCCCUGACUCUACUUAUCAUGUGAUUGUGAAUGCAUGUCUAAAUGAAAAUGAAACUGAUAAGUUGCUUAGAACACUUAGGGUGCAUCGCAGGGUCAUAGGAUACACCAUGGACGACAUUAAAGGAAUCAACCCAUCGAUUUGCAUGUAUAGAAUUCUCUUGGAAGAUGAUCAUAAACCCUCUAUAGAGCACUAA